AUGCAAUGGCGCUAUAUCUAUAAAGAACUAUUAACAGUCCUGCUUUACGACAUUGUUAGUAACCAUAAAAAAUAUGAUCACAUAUGUGGAGUACCUUACACAGCUCUACCAAUUGCUACUUUACUUAGUGUUAAGGUAAAGAAACCAAUGCUAUUGCGAAGAAAAGAUGCAAAAGCAUAUGGUACUAAGAAAAUGAUAGAAGGUCAUUGUAAAGUGGGUGAAACUUGUCUUAUAAUUGAAGAUGUAGUAACUUCUGGUUCUAGUGUAUUAGAAACAGUCAAAGAUUUAAAUAAAGAAGGGUUAAUAGUUAAAAAUGCUAUAAUUAUUUUAGACAGAGAACAAGGUGGCAGAAUGAAUCUUGAAUCCAAUAAUGUAUAUAUUGAUUCACUAUUUACAAUGACUGAGUUAAUUGACAUUCUCGAAAAACAUAAAAAGAUUACAAAAGAAAUGUCUAUAAAGAUUCACAAAUAUUUAAGAGAAGUUAAAGCACCAGUAACUAAAGAUUCAUUUGAGGACAGAAUUCGAAUACCUUUCGAGAAGAGAGCAGAGUUAUCAAAGAAUCUAGUAGCAAAACAACUCUUUAAUAUUAUGUCUAUUAAAAAAACAAACCUAUGUUUAUCUGUCGAUUUGACAUCAACUGUAAAAAUUCUCGAACUUCUAGAAAAAGUAGGAGAAUACAUAUGCUUAGUGAAAACCCAUGUUGAUAUUAUAGAAGAUUUUACUUCUGAUUUCAUUUCUCGACUUAAACAAUUAGCGGACAGAUUUAAUUUUUUGAUUCUGGAGGACAGGAAAUUUGCGGAUAUUGGUAACACAGUAUCAUUACAAUAUCAAAAAGGGUUAUAUAAGAUUUCAGAAUGGGCAGAUUGUGUGACAUCUCAUUCUUUACCUGGAGAGGGUAUAUUGAAGGCUCUGAGCAGUGCAUGUACUGGAAUAGAAAACCGUGGUGUAUUUCUUCUAGCUGAAAUGAGCAGUGAGGGAAAUUUGAUCUCUGCAGAAUACAGAGAAGAAAGUGUGAACAUGGCUUCAAAGAAUCCAAAUAUAAUUACUGGUUUUGUAUGCCAAAAUAAGGAUACAUUUAAAGAUCCUGGGCUGUUACAAUUAACUCCUGGCGUACAACUCGAAAGUGCUAAGGAUGAUCUGGGUCAAGUAUACAAUACACCAGAAAAAGUAAUUUUAGAAAAUGGUGCAGAUAUUGUGGUUGUUGGGCGCGGAAUAGUCAAUGCAAAGAGCCCAGAAGCACAGGCGGUCGUUUACAGAGAUGCUUUAUGGAAAUGUUAUUCAAAAAGAAUCUCAGGUAAAUUAGAGUAA